GCCCUACUAAUUAAAGGAGUCCAUUAUCAGUCGAUCAUUAUACACCAUUCGACAGCCCUUUUCAAGAGCUACAUGUCUGACGGUUCAAAUUUGAAAAAGCUCAUUUUCGACUUUUUGGCCAAAUGUCCGCUUGAAUGCCCACUGUGUGACGCCGACUCAACGCCGUUGAGCGAAUUGCAGAUCGUGAACGUUAUACUUCCUGUUAUAAUGUUUGCAUGGCAGUAUGAUAUGAGUUCAGAAAAUCACUAAACAAAACAAGUAAUUUUUGUGCUCUUCGUAAGUAAGGAAGGAUAAAUAUUCAAAAUGUAUGACUGACCUGCCGAAGAAAGAACAGUUUAGAACUCUGACUUGAAAUGGAAUUGCAAAUAAUGAUAUAACGGGCCAAUUUUACAGAUAAAGCAACUAGCGACAACGAUACUGUAUGAGUUAAAAGUGGAUUUGUCAAGGUUUAUAUUUAUUAUCUGUAGAGCUCCAUUAUCUCAAUUACAAGUAAUACUGGUUUCCUGAGUUCAAAUUAAGGUCAGACUUAGACUUUUUGAUUGGUUUUCUUACCAUCAAUGAUAAAUUAGUCAAUCCAAGUUUUAAUAAAAACGCCACGCUGGUCUUUGCUGAUCCUUUUUCGACGUAUAUCAGUGUCAUGUACUCUGCAUGGAAAUUCAAUUAUAUAAACUUUAUCUUUUUGUUUACUGAACUAAUGAACUAUAUGUUUAAUAAAACUUUAUAGAUUGUAUUCGUUCAAUACUUUUCUCUCCUGAUAGUUCAUUUUUCUAAACUUAUCACUAAAUGGCAAACCAAAUUUGGACUUGGAGUGAGGCUGACGGUGGAUAUUAUCAAAAUAUAUGUGACACUUACACACUGUAACUAAAAAAUAAUAACUACUGAGAGUUAUCUUCAUUAACUAUGUUUAAUCUUUCAUUUAGUUAUUUAUUAUCAGACUGUUUCGUUAUUCAACCAAUGGUACGUGAUGCGAAAGAAUUUUUAGUUAUUGAUCGAAUACAUGAAGAUAUUCAAGUUUUAAAUAGCAUGCCAAACGUUGAUGGAGCUUCCAGACGACAAAUUCAUGGCAUUGUUGGCAUUAUCAACUUAAUAGCUGGCCCUUAUCUAAUUGUCAUAACGUCAAAGUCGCGUGUGGGCGAUAUUAAUGGCCAGACGAUUUAUAAAAUGCAAACAACUGACAUCAUCCCAUAUGCUAGAAAUAUGUCGCAUUUAAAUGAAAAUCAAUUAAAAUACAAUACUAAAUAUUUGUCGAUGCUUGAAGUUGUUUUAAGAACCGAUGCAUUUUAUUUUUCUUACUCAUACGAUAUUACUCAUACAUUUCAACGCUUACAAACAUCGGCACCAGAUUUUUUUCAGACACCAUUUAUUGAGAGAGUAAGUACAAAGUUAUUCAUUCGUGGAAUAGAUGAAGAAGGACGUGUGGCAAAUUUUGUUGAAACAGAACAAAUCUUACAAUUAGCUGAUGUUGCUUGUUCCUACGUUCAGACACGUGGAUCUGUGCCAUGUUAUUGGACACAACUGCCAGAUCUCCGGUAUAAACCAAAAGUAACCGUUCUUCCACAUAAUAAUCAUAUGGGAGCAUUUCGACAACAUUUUGAAGAACAAGAAUAUUAUUAUGGAAAACAAUUUUUAAUAAGUUUGACAAAUCAACAUGGAGCCGAAGGUCGUUUGAAUAGUCAAUAUCGAGAAUUAUUCGAACAUAGUCAAAAUUCCUAUUUGAAAUUUGAAGACUUUGAUUUCCAUAAAGAAUGUGCGGGCAUGCGUUAUGAUCGUUUAUCAAUAUUAUUAGCACGUGUUCUUCAUGAUCAAAAUGAUUUUAGUUACUUUGCCGUUACGAAAGAUGGUAUAAUGCAAAAUCAACAAAGUGGAAUAUUUCGAACAAAUUGUGUAGAUUGUCUUGAUAGAACGAAUGUUGUUCAAAAUUUAUUUGCAAAAAGAAUGUUAGAAAUACAAUUAAAAAGAUACAAUGUUAUAAAUUAUUCAGAUACGAUUGAUGUGCAUAAACAAUUGAGCGAUUCAUUUAAAAAUAUUUGGGCUGAUAAUGCCGAUACAAUUAGUAUUCAGUAUGCAGGCACUGGUGCAUUGAAAACAGAUUAUACCAGAACGGGUCAGCGAUCUACAAUGGGUAUGAUGAAAGAUGGCUGGAAUUCUUGUAUGCGUUAUGUAUUAAACAACUUUUAUGAUGGAUUUCGUCAGGAUGGAAUUGAUUUAUUUAUUGGAAAUUAUAAAGUAUCACCGGAUGAAGGACGAAUAAAUCCUGAAACGUGUCCAAUUAGUAGGGAAUUGAGUAAAAAAUUUUUAGCUUUACCAGUGACAAUGUUUCUCGCAUUUUCUAUGUGUAUUAUUAAUGUUCUUAUACCAGCAGCUUCAUUUCGUGAACAAAUGACCUAUGUUCUAUUUUGGGGUGCUGCAACUGUAUCAACAUUAGCAAUAACGAUAUUUUGGGGACAAGAACUUGUUGAUGCACCAAAAUUAUAUAGCAAAGUUAAACGAGAUUAG